AUGAUUAGGUCCCUACCCUCGUCUGACAGAAAAUGGAAGACAGAGUUUUUCUUCAUCUCCGGCUCCUGGGCUGGGAAUCCUUUGGACGUUGGUCGGGACACAUUUGGCCGUUAUACUGGGGACCUAGGGAACCUUCGUCCUGAGGGUGAGGAGGAUCGUCUUGAGGCCCAAACUCAGAUUCGUUCGUCUGCUGGGGACAAGAGGAAGUCCCUACCAAAAAACUUGGAUCUGGGAAGUCUCCCCAGUCGUCGUGACAAAAGGGCUAAGCAUGGGUCAUCUAAAGUAACUAAGCCUAUCCUUCCUCAGUUCCAUCCUUCCGUCCAAACAAUUGAUGUGGAUGUGUCCACGCCGAUUGAGACUAUCUCAUCCAAGACCCCUCCUAGGACGACUACAUCUGUCUCAUCUCAGCCUCCUCCAAAGGUUCCCUCGAACAUUAUUGAAAAGGAGGACUUGGCUUGGGAACGCUUCGGGGAAGCUAUGAAGGACAAAGACAUAAAUGUCUGUUACGACAUGUCCCUCAAGGAUUUUGAACAUUCAGGUGUUCAUGAUCUUUUUAAGGCCAUGUCUAAGUUCAUCGCAGCGUCUAGGCAGGCCACUGAGAUGGACAAGACGAGGAUCUUAUUGGAGACGACAAUCCAAAAUGUGAGGGACGAGAGUAAAAAUUGGGCUGAGAUAGCUGCCAAGUCUAAGGAGAAGGCAACGGAGCAUCAAAAAUUGAUCGAGGAGUUGAGAGCUGAUAUAGUGGAGAAAGAUACUCGUCUUGAUCAUAUUCAAAAGAAGAACGACGAGUUGAGUACUCUUCUCUCCAAGGCGAAAGAAGAUGCAGUUGCGGAGUUCAAGGCGUCCAAAGAAUUUACGGACUUAUUGGAUUGUAACUAUGCAGCAGGUUUUAAGGAUUUCAGGUUGGACGCUAUUGAAAACUUCCCUGAAGUGGACUUCAGCUCUAUCAAGCUUAAUUUGAAUGCUGCUACCAGUUCUCUUCUUCAAACCAGCUCCGAGGACGUUAAUUUGGAGGACGAUGCUUCUACUCAGCCGUCCAAGGAAGAUCCCAAGGUGGAUGCCCCCCCUGCUUAA